AUGGCAGGCCCGCUGGGCAGCACAACCCCGUUCGCCACGCCCGCAUAUCUCCAAUCGUUCCGCCCGGCAUCGUCUAUGAGCGCAAGCAGAUUUGACGAGGGCUACUCCGAGGACACGCGCAGCCAGACCGGCAGCGAUAUGGUGAUGCGGACUGAUUCGCGGUUAGGCGAAGGUGGGAUGGAACAGGACCUACAGUAUGCUUUGCCGGACUGGGUCAUGCAAAUGCCAGAGAACGAGCGAAGUGAAUUCGCGUACGCAAUGCUGCGGUCACUCCGCACUUCGUCUAUCGCCGGCAUCGUCGAAAAGUUAAAUCCUCUCCUCCACCUCGACCCCGUUCUCUACCUGCCGCCCGAGAUCACAUUUCAGAUCUUCUCAUAUCUGACCCCCGAAACCCUGCUACGCGCUUCGACACUUUCGCGGACAUGGCGAGGCCGGGUAAUGGACAGCCCGCUGUGGAAGUUAUUAUUCCGGCUGGAAGGUUGGAAUUCCAAUUUCCCCCAGGUUCGCGCGUACGAGGAGGUUGAACGACACAGACGGGUGGAGAAAAAAGAGAAGGAGCGCAAAACACGACCAAGGGCAGCCGUGGAUUCCUCCGAGGACAUGGAGACUGACAAGCCGUCGUCGAAAAAGCGGUCACGCGAAAAGCCACUGUUCGGCGACGGUUCAACGGACAGCGAAAUCAAGAACGGAUUGGAGCCGCUUUCACUUGAUGGCGCAUCACGUUACCCCUGGGCAGAGCAGCAUGGCGUUGUAGAGGCGGACGCCUCAUCAAGUUCACAGGAUCAGAUGGAGGGCGUUUCAUACAAUGGCACUUCACCUGUUGCUUCGCCGAUAGGACAGACUUCUCGGCGACAAAAGCUUCUCACGGAAACUAGCGAGGAGACUACCAUCUCCAACCCACAGAACGUGUUAGACCCACCUUUGCGACCUGCUCUCAUGCUGUCGAAUCCCGAACCAAAGAUCAACUGGCAAUAUCUCUACAAACAAAAGCGGCGGCUGGAAGAGAAUUGGGAUUCUGGGCGUUUCGUGAACUUUCAGCUUCCUCAUCCAAGCCAUGCCUCGGAGGCGCAUACAGAAUGCGUGUAUACGAUUCAGUAUUCCGGUAAAUACCUCGUCAGCGGAAGUCGUGACAAGACCGUCAGGAUCUGGGAUCUUGACACUCAACGUUUGAUGUUGCCACCCUUAGUUGGACAUAAGGCGUCCGUCCUCUGUUUGCAAUUUGACGAACGGCCUUCGCAAGAUCUCGUGGUGUCUGGCGGCAGUGAUUGCAACGUGAUAAUGUGGCAGUUUUCGACGGGUCGUAUGAUCAAGAAGCUCGAAAAGGCCCAUGGCGAGUCAGUCCUGAACCUCAGGUUCGACGACACAUAUCUAGUCACAUGCUCCAAGGACAAGACUAUCAAAGUAUGGAACAGGAAGGAAAUGCUGCCAACUGAUGACGCAUAUCCAUUGUCAACAACUCGGUCUGGAGCCAAGUUCCCUUCGUACAUCAUCAACAUGCAGCAACAGACGGAGUCGCAACAUCUCUAUUUCAAGCCACUGCAGCCAUACACCCUCAUGAUGACACUCGAGGGCCAUGGUGCUGCAGUGAAUGCGAUUCAGAUUCUCGACGGGCAGAUUGUGUCUGCUUCAGGUGAUCGCAGCGUCAAAGUCUGGGAUGUUCGCACAGGGGCUUGCUCGCGAACAUUUGCUGGCCACUCCAAAGGCAUUGCCUGUGUGCAAUUUGACGGAAGACGAAUCGUCAGCGGCAGCUCUGAUGAGACAGUUCGAAUCUUCGAUCGAGCUACUGGAGCUGAGGUGGCUUGCCUACAGGGCCACUCUAACCUCGUGCGCACUGUUCAAGCUCAGUUUGGUGAUCUCCCAGGAAAUGAGGAAGAGUUGGAGGCCGAAGCUCGCGCCAUCGAUAACACCUUCUUUGAAGCUCAGAGGCAAGGACUUGUAUCCGGUCAGAUGACGCGGGAACAGCGCCGCGCGCGGAAUGCAGGAUCUCGAGACCCCAAGGCAAUCUUUGCUUAUGGAGCGAAACUACCCCCGGGCGGCGGAGGCAGCAAAUGGGCUAGGAUUGUCUCCGGCUCCUACGACGAGACGGUCAUUAUCUGGAAGAAGAGCGCGGAUGGUGCAUGGGAGAAGUCCAAGGUUCUAUAUCAGAGCGAGGCCGUUAGGGCAGCGGGAGGACGCCCACGCCAGACAGCUGGGCACGCUCACCAUGUUCACGCUGCUCAAAACCUACACCAGAAUCAGCAGCAGCAACAACAGAACAACGCACAUGGCCAGCAAGCCAAUGCCCAGGCCCUGACGCAGCAAGCCCAGGCCCAAGCCCAAGCCCAAGCCGCAAAUACCCUCGCACCUCAAGCCCAAGCCAUCCACGUUGCUGCCAUGCACACCGCCGCCGCCGCCGCCGCGGCGCAAAACGCUCCCGUAAAUCCAAACACCACCAACACCCCUCCCGCAAACCAGGCACAGCCCACACCCGCAGCUCCGCAAGCUGGUGCUGCGCCAAACCACCACCACCAUGGCGCACAUCACCACCACCACAACCACGCAUUCCAGCGUCCCGCGGCGCAGGGGACCUCGCGCGUGUUCAAGCUGCAGUUCGACGCAAGGAGGAUCGUGUGCUGCAGUCAGGAUCCGACGAUUGUGGGAUGGGACUUUGCUAAUGGGGAUCGAGAUAUUAUCCUCGCGAGUCAGUUUUUUGGGGAGUCGAUUUAGGCCGCGUGGGAACGAGAGGGCUUGCGAGGAGUGGAAGUCGGGGCGUCGGUCGCCGAUGGUCAUGUUGGGGUGGAAAGACGAAAAUGCUGCGGGAUGAGGGAUCUCCCGUGCAUUGGCGUCCAUGGCAUACAUGGGUGGUGCUCCACUUUAGGCGCCGUAUUUUUUGGGCGAGGUUACUGCACUUUGGCUGUUGUAUCAUAUUUGCUCGGGCGUUGAUUGCUUCACC